GUCCCCAUUGUCCAAGUAACUAAGAUAUUCCCAUUAUCCCACUGUUACCACUAGCAAACAUUCAUGGCAAAAACAAGGGCCUGGUGGGAUAUUCUCUAGCGAGGUGUUCAGCCCUGAUUCAAUUCCCACACCAAGCCAAAGCCACUCAACUUUUCCCCUUCAUCCCUCAUCUGCAAAUUCACCCAAACCACACAAAACUGACCGAGCUGCCAGAGGAGCGUAUUUUCUAGUCACCAUUCUAUGUCCACAGUCACCUUGAAGCACUCUCUUGACAAUGCGUGUUCCUGAAGUCUUCGUAGCCCUCGUCGGCGGCGCAUCCGCAGUGCUUGGCUCCCCGGUUCCCCAGACCACCAAUACAGGCAACAGUACUGUGUAUUCCUUCGCAGAUAGCUGCAACGGGUACAAAGUCAACCAAAUUGGCGUGGACGUUUGGCUCAGUGCGUCCUGUCGCAACACAACCGGUGACUGGCCGUAUUCCCAGAUCAAUCUCGACCACUGUAUCGCGAACAACAAGGGUACAAUGGAAGCCCGUGAAGACGGCUACUUCGGUCGGACCUGUGACAGAAUGGUCAUGCACGGGAUCCCGCCCGUCCUGUAUGCCUUCUGCAACAACGGUCAUGAGGCUAUGGAGACGGUCCUCGACAUCGGAGGUUUCGUCGAUAAUGACAACGGACAUUUGCACUGCUUCGGCUACUAUGGGGAGGCGUACUAGAACAAGGAGCACAAGUCAGUGCAAUUGAAGUUCUUCCUAAGGGGUUCAAUUAUUGUACCUGCUAUGUUAAGCAUGCAGAGUGAAUUCAAAACCAUUGCAGAGGAAAUUUAAAAGGCCACUUUCUGCUGUUGAUCUGCCAUUCCUUGGAGAAAGGCAUCUGAGUCCGAAGUUAGAUUUGUUUUCGAUAAUCGGGUUGUAUAGGGGUCUAAC